GGCUCCCCAAAGAAGAAACUAGACAGAAUACAUUACCCGCCUGGCUACAAAGUUGCUAUUGGCAAUUCGGGCUGGAGAAGUAAAAACCCAACAAGCUGCCUUUAUUUCACAAGUUCUCCUUCGCAGCUCAAACCACUAGCAUAGCAGAAGUUGUUCAACAAAACAGCCCCGAAAGCCACAGUAUGGAGGUUAAACCAGACACGCACACCCAAACCAGCUCCAGGUAGACGUGUUUUCCUGCCAGCCCCCUCCGGAGCCGCAGCACAUACCAACUGCAGACAGAGUUUGCACAAAGAACACGGAACAGCCCAAGCGAUGCAGCUCAGGCAGCAAUCCCCUCUCCCCGCUCCCACCCCACGGCGCUGUGCAUUUCUGGCACUCUGCUCUGGGGGAAGCGGCAGCGUACAGAGCAGCUCUCCCCGUCCCCCCCCCUUUUCUCGCAGACCUGGGGGCUGACAUUGAGCAAGCUGCACGCCCCUUGCUCCUGGCUGCCAAAACCAACAACCAGAAGUGCUCCUAUUACAGCGCUGGCACUCGCAGAGCUCAUUCAUUCAAGCUGAGACACUCGGAGCAUUUAUUAGGGGGCUGCCCCUGGCUCCUCACAGUCCCGUCCCCGCUGCGGUCCCACUCCGGCCCGGCCCAGCUAUUCGCAGGGAGCAGCUGCAGAAUGCUGCCUCGAGGAGUGCUUACUCUGCUCACGCUGUUCUGUGUUUUCAGGGCUUCUGCUUCUGUGCUGGAUGAAGACGACGACUACGAUCUCAUGUAUGUGAAUCUGGACAAUGAAAUCGAAGGUCCGGUUCUGGGCACUGAGGAAUCUGCCUCGUGUGACUGCCAGCGGGAGCACACGGAGUGGGACAAGCUCUUCAUCAUGCUGGAGAACUCGCAGAUGAAGGAGAACAUGAUGCUGCAGGCGCUGGAGGACGGGCUGAAGGCGGACGUGCAGGCGCUCAGAGCGGAGCUGAGCCAGCUCACCGCUGGCCUUGCCGGCACCUUCAGCUCGGCGGUGCAGCAGGUCACCUCCCAUGCCUUGGCCCAGCUGCAGCAGGCACUGCAAAGGAGCAGAGACCAACCUGAGGAUGCCGAGAGGCUCUGCGAGUCCCAGCAGGGCAAGGUUCUGGAGCAUGUCCUGCUGCUGAGCCACAACGUGUCCGCCAGGCUGGGCCGGCUGGAGAACUCCUGGCUGAGAUGGGCUGAGGGGGAGGCCCAAGAAACAGCUUUCCAGCUCCAGCGGGACAAGCUCGGCCCCAGCAGAGAGGACAGCCUCCUCUUGAACACCUUAUGGAAGGAGCUCCAGCAGACCAGAGCCGAGCUGAAGGCAUCACAGAAGUGGGCCACCCAGCACCUACUGCCAGCAGGCUGCGAAACAGCGAUUCUGUUCCCGAUGCGUUCCAGAAAGAUCUUCGGGAGCGUUCAUCCGACCGCUGCCAUGACCCUCUCCUCCUUCACCGUUUGUGUCUGGGUCAAAGCGACAGAGGUUUUGGACAAAACCAUCGUCCUCUCCUACGGAACGAAAUUCAAUCCCUAUGAGAUUCAGCUGUACCUGAGCCGGCAGUCCGCAGUGCUCGCCGUAGGCAGCGCCCAGCACAAGCUGGCUGCCAGGAACGUGGUGGUUCCUGGGAAGUGGAUCCAUCUCUGUGGCACCUGGAGCUCGGACAACGGCACCGCGUCGCUGUGGGCGGACGGAGCGCUCACGGCCACCACCGUGGGCAUUGCUGACACUCACGUCGUUCCCGACGGAGGAAUUCUGCAGAUCGGCCAAGAGAAGAACGGCUGCUGCGUUGGAGGAGGGUUUGAUGAAGCUUUGGCCUUCUCGGGAAAAUUAACGGGGUUGAACCUGUGGGACAGAGUGCUCAGCGCCGAGGAGAUAGCAGUGCAGGGCGGAGAGGACGCAUGCAGCUCGCGAGGCAACAUCGUGGGGUGGGGGGUCACGGAGGUUCUGCCGUACGGAGGAGCCCAGUAUGUUUCCUAAACCCUGGUCAAGCAGUUUCUGAAGCAGAGCACAUUUCGUUAAGAGCAGAACACCAGCAUAUGCACAAAGAAUGGAGCUGAAGGAGCCUGCGUCUCUCCAGCUCCCAGGGCAGAUUAGCACCACAAAUUUACGCAGUGAGAUGCCGCGGGGGUGGGAUUUGAUCACCGCCUGCUGUUUUGGCCAAACACUGAAAAUGCUACAGCCAGACUUGACAUGGGAUAAGCCAUUCCCGAGGUCAGACAACAACCAUCUCUUAACUUAUGCUGAAAGCCGAGUGCCACUGCGGGCACUGCAGAGCUGCCCCGGGCUCCUGCCCACCCCAAGCAGGAGCUGUGCAUCUCCCAGCCUUCCCUGGCCACUGCUACUCGGCUGCUGGUUGAGCUGCACAGGAGAAGCCCAUCAGCCAAGAAGCACGUUGUUUAUUAAGUGUUGUUAGUAAUUUGUAGGCUACAAUAGAUCUAGCUUCUUGUUUAAAGCAUUUCUAAUGCCACGGAUUGACCCAGCGUAUAGGAGUAAUACCCACCAUCAUAAUCUGAUGUUACGUCUCGAGAAAGCGCGGCUGUAUUAUAUUGUAAAUUGACUUUGUCGUAAUUUUAUUGAAAUUAUUUUUGUAAAGUUGUUUUGUAAAUAAAGAUACUUUACUAAACUAAGGCUUCCCGUGGCUUUCCUCAAUGGAAACUCUGAAUAAAUAGAAAACUGGA